UUAUCCCUCACAAGUCACAGGGAGGAGUCGAAAAGAGUCAAUACCAGCCGCGCCACCGCUCCCUCGCUGACCUGCCCGUGUUCGCCCCUCUCGCCGGCCGCCGACCCGCCCCUGCUGCUCACCGCUCCAGCCUCCGCUCAUCCCAAGCCUUCCACCACAACCCCCCACCCCUGCUCGCCCGCGCACCCAGCUCACCAGCGCACCCGUCUGGGGUCUGCCUGCCGCUUCUCCCUCCCGUGCAGGUGCAGGGGAAGAGGCAAGGAGGGCAAGACCGGGGCGCAGUGGGGAGUACGGAGGAAGCUGGUGCAGCGUGGGAGAGAGGGAGCUGGAAAAGAAGGAAGAAAGGGGGGCAGUACAAGGGGGACUUGGGAGGAGGAAGAAGGGGGAAUAUUUUGAGUAUAUGAUCAAUUUCGCCGUCCAAUCCAGAUGUGCGCCAACCAAUUCGCUAUGUUCUUGUGUUGCUCUGUGCGAACGAAACUUUAAACUGGAACAGGUUGAGGAGCUGGCUUCACUCAUCAAGGACAACCUCUACAGCAAGCACCUCGUCCUCUCUACUGAGGAAACCCUCGUCGGGAUCCUACAGAACCAGUACCACAACUCUGACGAUGACGAGGAUGAGGACGAUAUAGUGGCAGCAUACCGCGGGACAAAUAGGAAUAUCCUAGAGCUCCAACCUGCCAGCUCCUAUCAACGUCUUCUUUUGCAUCGCCUUGCCGACAUCUACGGGUUUGUUCAUGAAUCUGUUGGUGAAGGUGAAGAUCGACACUUAGUUCUCCAGCGCUGCCCUGAAACUGCCAUCCCACCUGUCCUCGUAAGCGACGUAUUAUGGGAGUAUGACAACAAAGAUACAUCGACAUCUGUUGUAGUGAAGAGGAAAGAUACAGAUCUUGAAGAAGCCUGGAAGGAAGAUGCCCAAGAAAAUAUUUCUGCUGAAAUCUCGCAUUUGAAAAAUGAUGCAGAUUUGAAGGCUUUGCAAAAGUCAGUUGCACCCCCAGCACCGUCACUCAAGGAGAGGGAAGCUGCUUAUCGAGCUGCUCGCGAGCGUAUCUUCUCAGCGCAUGAUGCCAAGGGAAAUGGGACAGCAGUGGCAAAACCUAGGCAUGUUCCUGCUGUUGCUCAACGGAUGAUCGCGCAUGCACUUGGCAAAAAAGUUGAGAGCCCGACAGAGACAGCAGCCGUGAAGAAUGGCAAAGGAAAGGAGCCAGCGGAAAGUAGUAGGAACAAGUUAAACCCACGCACAGCAGGUGGCAAGGAAGAUAGCAGGUAUGUUGAGAAUGGCAGAAUGAGGUUGCACACCGGGAAUCCAUGUAAGCAGAGCUGGCGUACAAGUAACAGUAGAGCUGCUAGUAGUGUUAGUCCUGAUGAACUGAAGAGGGAGCAGGUUGGAGCGGCAAAGAGGAUGUUUGUGCAUGCCCUGCGGCUGCCUGGUGUUGAAGGAAGUGAUGGUCCGGUGCGGAAAGGCAAGUAAGAGUCGAGUUGAGAUGGGAGGUGUAAUGUAGGUAUUAGGAUGGAGUGAAAUGGCAACUCUGUGAUGAUUUUCAUCUGGUGAUACUAUGCUGGUAUAAGAUGAGAUGGAAGGCCUGGUAUCCCUUGGUGGAAGAAGUUGAAGCGCAAAAUGCAAUGCUGGGGAUAUGCAAGUGGAAGAAGUUGAAGCGCAAAAUGCAAUGCUGGGGGAUAUGCAAGUGGAAGUGGUGAGAGCUAGCUGCUUGCCGAUGGCAGCAGUUGUGGCAAUAUUGAGUGCAAUUGACAGGUCUUUGUUUGUUUUGUUUUUUUUUUUGCCAGAAGCUGCAGUUUAGCAGGUCCUUAUUUUCGUCAGAAGUUACAAAGAGAGAAUAUGCCAAUUUUUAGCUUUAUAUUUUGCUGAAGGCAGACAAGUUGUAGAGGAAUAUGCUGAUCCUUAGAAAGAACUUUGUGUAGCCUAUUUGGAUGGUUUCAGACUUUCAGUGAUAGAGUCGGAGCAAUGUUGGUCUCAUUUUCGUUUGCUGCUGGUUACUUGUAUUAAUACAUUAUAGAAAAUGAGUACAUAAAUAUACAUGACGA